CCAUUUCAUAACCUCAAAUUAUUACAGUUUAGAUGCAAUUACAUUUGAGAAUAUUUCUAAUAUAAUAACAAUAUGACAGACACAAAGCAAAAGAUUUUAGAGAAAUUCAAUGCAGAAUUAGGUUCUGAUUUAGAAAGACAAAAUAAAAUAUAUGAAUUUCAUCAACGUCUUAUUGCACAGAAGAAUGAAAUUGAAAAAUCGUUAUCAAUGGCUUCAACUGAAGCUCCUUCAAAAGUAAAAGCUGUAAUAGAAAGUGUUGAGAAGAUUAAUACUGAAUUCCAAAGAUUGGAACAAACUUCUAUAGAGUUCAGAUCAAAUGUACAAGAAACAAUACAUGAAAAUGAGAGAAGUUUAAAAGUACAAGAAAUUAUCAAUUCCAUAAGUUAUUUAGAAAAAUGUUUAUCUUACUUAAAUUUUAUAAAAUAUGUUGAAGAUAUUAGUGAUGAAAUACAAUUGUGUUUAACAAUUGGAAAUGAUGAAUCAGUCAUUUCAUUGUACACAAAUCUUACAAGUAUUAGCUGCCAAUUGAGGUUGUCAGCUUGUCAUUAUCUUCAAAAUUAUAUCAAUGAAACUUUACACUACUGGCAUAAUCUCAUAAAAGACAAAUUAUCCAAAGAAUACAAUGACACAUUAAAAGCAUUGAAGUGGCCCUUCUGCGGCAAUAAUACAAAUUCGUUAAAUACAUCCAUGCCAGAAAUAUUAAACAAAUUUAAGACACUUACGAAAUAUUUAUUACAUUUACAGUUACCAGAAGAAUCUGUAAAAUCAGUGGUAACAUCUGUAUUAUUAACAGACUUUAAGCCUGUGAGUUUACCAAUUUCACUGAUGGUGCGACCUCUUAGACAAAGAUUCAUAUAUCACUUCACAGGUACAAAACUAACAAAUCGACAAGAUAAACCAGAGUGGUUUUUUACUCAGGUAUUAACAUGGAUCAAAGAUCAUGUUCAGUGGAUACAAAAGAAUAUACAACCAACUGCAAAUUCAAUAGGUUUUAAUUAUGUAGAUAUGAAGGUAGAAUUUAUGCGUGCUUUAGUGCAACUGGCAGUUGAAAAACUUCAUUCCGAAUUGUCAUUAGUGCAAUAUGAUGAUAUAUUAUUUGCUCAUUUGGUUGAUGAAGCUCUAAGUUUUGAAAGAGAAUUAAGGGAAACUUUAUUUUAUCCUUCAGCUCAACCAGCCACUGUAUUUGUUCUUACUCAAGCUCAUAUUUUUGUGAAAUGGAUUAAUAUGGAAAAAAAAUAUGCUACUGAAAAGAUGGAUGUUAUUUUAAGUUCACAUACAGCUUGGGAGAAAUUAAUAACUUCUGAUUGUGAUGACAUGAAAGUCACUGAAUGUGCAGAUGCUUUUCUCACUCUUCUUACUACAAUCUCUGAUAGAUAUAAGCAUUUACCUCAACCAGGUCAUAGGUUACAGUUUCUUGAACUCCAAUUAGAACUAAUUGAUGAUUGGAGAAUAAGGUUACUUCAAUUGUUGUGCGAAAAUUAUGAACACCUCUCAUACCAUGUAUUCUUAACAUCUCUUAUACCAUGCAUUCUUAAUACAUUACAUUAUGUUGCAACUGUCCUAGAAGAGUGGGGUGUGACAGUACAUUUCUUGCAAUUGUAUUUUUUCAAAAAACAAUUUGAAGCAGUUGAAAUAGCGACAUUAGAAGGAAAUGACAUUACUAAAAAUAUAGGGGAAGUUGAGGGCACAGUAUUUGAUGAAGCUGUAGCUCUAUUAAGAAGAUCAGAAGAAGAAUGGAUUAACGAAAUUACUGACUCUGUAGCUUUGGAUGUAAAAGCAAAAAGUAGACCAUAUAGAACAGAUAAGUGGUUUGCAAUGCAAUCUACUAAAGAAGUAAUUUCUUUAUCAGUUACUCCAAGCGGUUACUCUAUGUUUCAAGAAUUAGCAACACAACUUAAUCUAUUACAUACUACGCUUGCUUUACCCCUAUUUCAUCAAGCUUGGAAGAAUUUGGCUUCACAAUUCGAUCAAUUUCUUUUAGAAGAAGUAGUUUUGGUAAAUCAUUUUAAUGUAGGUGGAGCUGAGCAAUUACAGCAUGAUGUUUUUAGAAAUUUGUUUCCAUUGUUUGGUUUAUAUAUCAGUGAGCCAGAAUCAUAUUUUCCACUGAUUAAAGAGGCUUGCAUUUUAUUAAAUAUCAUGUUAGGUUCAGCAAUCUUAUUACGCGAAGCGCUUCAUGAUGAAGUUGCAGGAAAAGAAGUAUUAGCAGAAAUUGGUGUUUAUAAAAUGACGCCUGAAUUGGCAUUACAAAUAAUUGGAACAAGAACAGAUAUUACUAAUGUGUAAAAUAUUUUUUUUUAUAUUUAAAUGAAAAAAGAAUUUGUUAUACAAUCUUACAGAUAUCCUUUUUGUAUAAUAAUUGAUAAAAGAUAGAUGAAUUGUAUAUUUAUAAGUA